GAAGAUUUUCUGUAGGUUUGUAAUAUGGAGGAGUAAUGGCGUUUUCCGCCCAGAUAGAUCAUGGGCAAAAUGAACGAAAGGACGCAAUUUUGUGUGAAAUUAGUAACGAAACCUCGAAAGAUAAGGGGAAGUUUGUGCCGAAUCCUGCCGCCAAGCCUUUUGUACCUUCCAACUUGAAUUCAACAUUGGGUCGCUCUAACAGGACAUGGACAACUAUCGAAGGACAACAUUCUAAAGUCUUUGGCCUGGGUGGAAAUAUUGCCAAUCUGAAGGCUGCCAGACAGAUAGUAUCACAAGCAUACAUGAAUGAUCCGCAUGGCCCUGUUAACGAUCCCAACAGUGCAAUACCUCAGGAAGAAGUCAAAACACCUACAACACCACAGUCCAGCAACCACAUAGCCCUUCACCUUGUUUCUAAAGUUCUUGAGGAUGAAAGUAUCUUUAAUUUUACAAGCUUUGAGGAAACAACUUCCUGUGUAGAGCCAUGUUCCCCUGUUUCUUGUGUUCAUCCUGACAGGAUUGAUGGUACAUCUCAUUCCUGGCCUCUCCAAGCAGUACCCAAAGGUUCUAUUCCAGUGCCAGCUGCGACAUCCAAUGCUGGCAGUACUACUAGCAGCUUUGGUUCCUUUCCAGGACAAACCAUCUGGUCAACUGAAGUGAAUGCUCAUAUCACCCCUCCCUUAUCACCCCUUGACAUGUCCCCACCAUCCAGCCUGACAAAUUCUUCACUAGGAACCACUCCUCCGCUGCCUCCAACUCCUUUAAUACCUGCAAGCUCUUUGACCAAUUCAUCUGGCAGUGCUUCACCUACAGUGAAUGGUUAUCAUGAUGAACUCUCUCCAUAUCCAUCCCCUACUGGACAACAAUUUGGCUCACAAGACACUUUAUCUCAUACUUUGUUCAUGCCCAUUAAAGAUACAACUAUGGGAAGUAAGGGGUGGAAUUCUUCAGAAUCUGGCUACUAUUCAAGCAAUGGUUCCUGUCGCCGUUCUCAACCAUCUCCAAGUUCAGCCCCAGCACAUGCGUACUGUAAUUCUUCACCAAAGGCACGUCCACAGUCUCUUACAUUUACCAAUGGCCAUCAUUACUAUAGCUCACCGAGCAUGUCACCAUCGUCACCACCUGGACCUGUUCAUAGCCACUCUGCUCCAAAGCAUUUAAAUUCAGGCCAUGAGAUGAAUGGUGGGCCUUGGUACAAACAUGCCUCAGCUAGAGAGCAUGUUUCGCCAAGUUCUUUGCCUAGGGACGCCCAAACUUCCAUUAAAGAGAAUGGGCACUCGGGGCACACCAUUUUGCAUCGCACAAAGAGUCCACUGACCAGCGAACUACAUUGUAGGCUUGAAGAAUGUUAUGAACAACUCCGGAGCCUGGAGAAAGAAAGAAAGAAGACCGAGGCAGAAAUCUCUCACUUGUGGUCUGGUAGAAGGCUGUCUUCUGGAAAUGCUACAAACCUUAGACUUCCACCUAAUCCAUCCAGAGUGGACAAGCUAAUUGUGGAGCAUUUGCGGGAGCAUGCCAAAGUUGAAGCCUUAGUUGGGCGCAUUGAGCGGAUUCGUCACUCCCCUCUCCACGUCAGCAUUAGUGAGGGAGUAGAUCAGUGGCAAAGUGGCAUACGUGAGCUACAGAAUCGUCGUAAAGAAGAGCUUAGUAUUAGUAACAGUUCCAGAUGCAGGCUGAAUUCCUCUAUACGGCAUCAAGAUACUGCGGAACUCUCUGCCUUAAUAUCAGCUGUGAAGACACUGACAUUAAAUACUCGUACAACCCGUACAAUAAUUUGGUGUGCUAAUCAGCUUGUUAUGGCCAAUUCCAUGCCAAAUCGUAGCAGUCUUCACGAGGGAGAGAACUCAGCUGUGCCAUCCAAGGAGGGUACUGGGGAUGUGUCUUGACAGAGAGUUGACAACAGGUUGUGAUCAUUGGGUUUCAUCUUCCAACUGAAGUUGGUGUGCAUUGCAUAAUUUGAAAUGCAUUCCCUUGGCAUUCACUGGUUUACUGCUACUGCAAGCAGCACAAAUUGGUCAAGAAAAUGUGGCAUCCAUGACUAACAUCAGCCACUUAUGGUGGUGGAAGUAUAUGACAAUUUUGCAGCGAAGGUUUAAUAUUAAAGUGGCUUUGUUCAUGGAUUCACAAGCUGAACAGUUCACUAUGGGAACAAUAAUAAUUAUUACAUGUGGCUUUAUUGUGUCUAAUUAACUCUGGGUUUUGACAAAUCCAAGCUGCAGAACAGCAACAAUGAAUGUUUUACCAAUGGAUCACCUAUUCAUUACAUGGUACAGAGGUUAGCGGGGCUUUUAUAAAAUGGCAAAGUAGUUGAACUUUGCAGUGCAAAUUUCUGGUGACUUGAUUCCACUAGUGUUAUUUCCUUGUGCAAGGUUCAGGGCAAAGCACUGGUGCUGGGAACAAUAAUCAUCAAACAUAUUUAUCAGCCAUUUAGAGGAUGUGUUUGCAAAGAACGUUUGGUAUUCUAGGGCCAUUGAAGUGGACAAGCACUGAUAAAUUUCACACUUGGUGUAUUGAGGAGAGUGUAACAGGUUUUGUAGUGUUGCAAGGCAACAGACAUCUUAUUUGGUAAUUGGUUUCUCACUGACAGGCAACUCAUAUUUGUUUUUUUUGUAAUUUGUUUUUCAAACAUUGUUUUCACAAGUAAUUGUGUCCCAAAACUUGAAAAUCAAUGUUAUGCAUUUGGAAUGGCCUAAACUGAUAAGUAAACAUCUUGGCAGGCCAAGUUUUACUUACCAGUGAUAUGCAUAUGCAAUAAUUAUAGUAUGGAAACUGCAUAAUUAUGGUUUUUUCUGAAAUAUAGCGUCAACACCCACUUCGUUCUAUCAAUUAUAGCUGAACAAUGCUGUUAAUACAUUGUUCUUUAUCACACAAAUUGUAUUUUGAGAAUUCCUAAACUAAUCAUUAACUAAAAACUGAUGACAGAUUUCCUUUACACUAAGAUUCACACUGAGUUCUUACAUUUUUUCUGGUGUGUUUGAUGGAAAAAUAAAUCAUCUGUACCCCAUGCAUGCAUGCUUGUAACUUCAUACAUGAAGUUACAAGCACUUCAUGGUUCAACAGGCAAUUCAUGGUCCAACUCUCUUUUUUAGUUGUAACUCACUCAAAGUUUCCUACUUUUGAUAACAGUUUUCUAGCUUCUUGAGUUUUGAAUGCAAUAAUAGUCUUUCCUUGAGAAAGUGAUUUUUUUAAGCUCUACCACGAUUCAGGUAAAUGUAAUCCAUGCCUUCCAAACUGUUCACUACAAAUUGAGAUAAUGCCUGUAUGGACAAGGUUAAACCUGACAUUAAUACCUGUCGAGAGCCUGUUCUUAUGGCUUUAACUGCAGAGUGCAUCCAGACAGCCGUUAAUGGAGAUGUCUAAAAAUAAAGCUCAUCAUUGCAUUCUCUUGA